AUGCCGUUGCCAAACAAAGCUGGAGAGCCCGAGUUCAAGCUGAAGGUUGAGCCGGCUGAUAAACUUGUCUUCAAGUAUAAACUCGGAGAAGAAUGCACCAUUGAUAUGAAGAUCACGAAUCCGCUUAAAGAACGCAACAGUUUCAAGGUGAAAUGCACUGACAACGACAUUUUCCGUGUACGACCACCACUUGGAUUUGUGAAGGGAGGCGAAUCCGCAGUUGUCAAGAUCACACUGAAGGCAAAAACUGCCCCUGACCCAACUCGCCACUUCUUCGCAAUCUACCAUCUCAAAUACACCGACAUGAAGAGCACCGCUAGAGCAGUAUGGACAUCGGAAACAAAACCAGACGGUGUCAUUCGACUCCAAGCCGUUCUUGAGGAUGUUAAUGCUGAAAAGAAGGAGGAAACCGAUAAGAAAGAAGACGAUAAGAAGGAGGAUAAGAAGGAUGACAAGAAAGAAGAAAAGGAUGACAAGAAAGAUGAGAAAAAGGAAGAUGAAAAGGAUGAAAAGAAGGAGGACAAAAAAGAAGAUGACGAGAAGAAAAAAUAA